GGGAGCUUCCGUUCAGGCCGUUGUGAACAAGUCGUCGAGUUCAAAUUUUAACUCAUUGGAACAAACCGUAUCCUCUGCCCAAAGCUGGUUACGCACUUGCAUUUACUUAUUUAUGUUUUUAAAUGUCAGGUGUUAGUAUGCAUAGUUUUUUAAUCAAAAUGCUUACUCAUUAGGUGGAUGUAUGGCAAGUUCACUUACGAAAGCUGAAAAACUAGCGAGGUCUUUUGAUUCACCCCUACAUUAAGGAACUAGAAAUUUAGUUGUGGCGAUACUAGUGUUCUCCACUGGUAUACAUUAUAUAUAAAUUUAUUAAUAUAUAUUUCUGGUUAAUUAUUAGGUGAUACUUUUAAUUAAAAGCUUUUUAUCCUACCACUGUUCCGAUGACGUCAUAAUCAUGAACUUUGCACGUUCACCUCAGAUGACUGCUAUGUAACACAACAAUCUCUGCGUCAGGCUGUCGUCAAGGUUUAUUCAUUUGUAGUGAGCUCGAUAAUCAUGGCUGAUGGAGUUGUUGCUGGUGGUGAAGUUGAGAAUGUGGCUAGUAAUGUAUUGGUGAAUGCAAACGGGGAAAUUGUAGACAAUGCUCAGACGGAGGGACAAAACGACUUUAAUGCGCGUGUGAACCAAGAACGGGAGAGAUAUCAGCCAACAAGAUGGGAGUCCUUUUUCGCCAUUAUUAAAUCGCUGAUUAUUAGAGCACUUAUCAUAUAUUUCAUAACCUCAUUUUUUCGAGCUCCUGCGCAGACACCAGAUCCUAAUGCUCCAGCGGGGGUUUCUACUAGCCGUAGACCGGCAGUUAAUUUGUUUGAGAACGGAACUAUUAUGGACCUUUAUGUCUAUGUCUCAGAGCAAGAAACAUUCAAAGAGUUUGAUGAACCAGAUGCACUGAUUUGGAAGAAGGAGGGCUUAGUAUAUGGAGACUGGUAUUCAGGUCCCAACGGAGAUGGUACAUACGUUCACAAUACUGAGCUUAUUGCAUCAGAGAAUGUAAGGAAUAAUGGAUCAUUGUAUCUUCACGUAUUUCUUACAAGACAUGGGAAGCCACCAAACCCAGAUUCUAACAAGGCUAGAGCUCAAGUUGCAUAUAAUAGAAAAAUGUUGAACAAGUUCAAGAAGUUGCGCUAUACAAAGACUCACAAUUUAUUGACGGGAGAGACAGCAGCCACACCAGAAGAAGUAAAGAAAGCAGAGACAAUGAAAGAGGAAAUAAUAUCACACUGGCAUCCAAAUUUGACUGUGAAUGUAGUAACAGAUCAAACCAGCUGGAUCCAAGGAUCUGUUCCACCGCCUCUUGAUGAAUAUAUUGAAUUUCUCCCUGGUGGUGAAUACUACAAACCGGUAAUAUUUUUGAAUGAGUUCUGGAACUUGUUAAGAGAUUAUCAGCCAGUAAACCAGUCAACAAAAGUACUGCCUUUACAGUUAACCUUGCAGCCACUGUCGCUUUUCAAAUGGCAGUUAUACUCAUCACAGGCAAUGCGCAAUCGCUGGCCGUCAAUGCUAACUGAAGCUGAUGAGGAUGAUGAGGACCAGGAUUCCUUGAAAGAGGCUCUUCUGGAGACAUCACCUUAUUUGUUGGCUCUUACUGUUAUUGUGUCAAUACUGCACAGUGUCUUUGAACUGUUGGCUUUCAAAAAUGAUAUUCAGUUCUGGAACAACAGGAAGUCUUUGGAAGGACUCUCAGUUCGAUCAGUAUUCUUCAAUGUAUUUCAGUCUCUGAUUGUCCUGCUGUAUGUUCUGGAUAAUGACACAAACACUGUUGUGAAAUUAAGUUGCUUUGUUGGGCUUGGGAUAGAGGUCUGGAAAAUACAUAAGGUCAUGGACAUAAACAUAAACAGAGAGUCUAGAAUAUUUGGUGUUAUUCCACGAAUUUCGUUUACGGAUAAAGGCUCAUAUGUUGAAUCUAGUACAAAAGAGUACGAUAUGAUGGCAUUCAAAUACCUGUCAUGGGCUUUGUACCCUUUGUUAUUUGGAUAUGCUGUUUAUUCUUUGCUGUAUCAGGAACAUAAAGGAUGGUAUUCCUUUGUCCUCAACAUGUUGUAUGGAUUCCUUCUCACAUUUGGUUUCAUUAUGAUGACUCCUCAACUGUUUAUCAAUUAUAAAUUGAAGUCUGUUGCACAUUUACCUUGGAGAAUGUUGUCAUACAAGUUCCUUAACACAUUUAUUGAUGACAUUUUCGCAUUUGUCAUCAAAAUGCCAACAUUGUACAGAUUAGGUUGUUUCAGAGAUGAUAUUGUCUUCUGCAUAUUCUUGUACCAGCGCUGGAUUUAUAAGACUGACCCUACGCGGGUAAAUGAAUUUGGCUUCUCGGCGGAGAUGGAAGCUGCUGCAUCUUCGCAAGCAAAUGGCGUACCUGCAGCUAUAGCUGCUACUGCUCAGGAGAUGAAGGAUCCUUCACAAAAGAAGAAAGAUUAGUAAACAGUGGUUAAAUGCAAUAUAAAAUACACAGAAUGUCUGUUUUUCAAAUUUGGUGGCACGUCAGCUCGGAGAGCAUAUGUUUUAUGGGAGGAUUGACCAGAAUUAAUGGCAGUAAUGUUGGCAAUAUUUGAAUUAUAACUUUUAUACAUUCGGUUAUACACACAGUUUUUAGUGUUUGCUACAGUGAUCAUGCAAUGAUUUAAGUAACUAUUCCUGAAUUGCCCAAAGAGAGGAGGAGGGGGAGUGAGGCAUUAUAUUGCGAGUCACUGUGUAUUUUCAAUUAAUUUUGUCACAUUAUUUGGCAUCCUGUCCACGCAGUUGAAAAAUUGUCUGUCUGAGAAUAAGAAAAUUAGUUUGUAUAAUUUUUUGUCUUUAUAAUAAAAGAAAGUAAGAUUGUCAAUUUAAGGUAUAUUAUGCUUUUAAAAACAAAAGCAGCUGUGUAUUACAAAUAUGUUUUUGGUUAUUUGUGGAAAUAAAAUUAGUUUUAGGUUUAUAUUUAGAAUACUGUAAACGUGCGCAUAUACACAUUUUUCAACAUUCCAGAAAACCUCUUUCACUGUUGUUAGUAAAAAGUCAUAGAAUGUUAGGAGAAGGGGGGGGGGGGGGGAAUUGCAUUUAUGGACUGUGGGCAGUUGGCUUUGAAUUCAGUAGUGUGAUAAAUUUGAUUUUAAGAACAGUUUGCUGAUCUCCAUCUCCUCCACCUUAUUUUUAGUGAUGAAUCUCACUUUUCCAUGGGAGAAAAUUGCAGAGUGAUGGAAGAAUUAUUGUAGAAAAGGGAAGCAGCAAGUGCUACCACUGAAUUUGAAAGUUUUGUUACAGAUUGCAAUGAGUACCUUCUUCAUAGAUGACAAAGGUUGCACCAUCAUGUAUGGAUUCAUUACAUAUUCUGUGUGGAUGUGUUUUAAGUUGGUAUCACAGUGGAGUGAAGAGUAGUCUCAAAUAGUGUUUAUGAAAUAUAAGUUGCAAGUAGUUGCUGUACUGUUUAUUACUGCAACAAAAUACAGUAACAGUGUGCUGAAGGGUGUUAUUUUGGUAAUUUCUCCAGUCUGUUCUCAUUUCUUAUAAGUGGGUAGCCUUAAAAGAUAAUCAAUAAGUGAGUAGUGUCUUUUGGCUAACAGUUCAUCUGAUUGUAAGUACGUCUUUUUAACUACAAGAAAGAUACCAGGGGGCUGAAAUAGAAAAAUAGUGUAGCAUUCACAGAAACCUUUGUCUACACAAAAUACAUUCAGAUUUGGUAUAUUAAUGUUAUCACUCCUUUGUGGGAAGCUAUAAGCUAAUUACUUCACUAUCAAAUGAACCUCAUGUCCUUGUAUAAUGUAGCAGUGAUAAUUCUUUUUGUUUUGUUUUUAUUCAUUGCCAUGCAAAUAUAACUGCCUUAUAAGAAUAUGGAUUGCUUUAAACCUUUCUACAGCAGAGGAUGUUUGAUAGCAAUGACCAUCUGUUAAGAAAUGUGUUCUCUGAGUUUUGUGGAAUGGCAGUGUUCCUAUUACAAAUGUGCCACAAAUGAAAUAAUUAUAGAAGCACUUUUAUAUGUCUCAAUGUAAAGUGCAGUAAUGAUACUGCGACUUGGUUAUGUGUUCUGAGAGUGGGCCGUGCAGAUAGUGCUUCAUGCAGCAACAAACAGUGUAGUAUGUUGCAAAUUGUUACUGCACAUAUUGGUGCAGAAUAUUUUAAUAUAGUUGUUAUAACCUGGACGUUUUGUCCAGAUUAUUUCCCCAGUAUUAAGUGAUUGCAUGAGGAAUAUAUUAUAUUUAAAAUGGUGAAGCAUGAAAGUUUUUGUGUGUUUGUGCAGUGGUAUAUAUACUUGUAUAAUUCCUACAAAUUGCAUUGAAUAUCACAUACCUUUCAUUGUGAAUAUUAUUUAGCUGUGCUUUUUUGUGAAUUUCAGAACAUUGUGCAUUUGUCAUUUUAUUCAUUGCUGUUUUUACCAAAGAUAUAAUCAGGCAAUAGAUACGCAAGUACAUUUGCCUAAUGGUUUCCUGAUUUGUAAAAAUUUACAUAUUAAAAAAACAGAACUAUCAAAUUAUGUUAAUUGUAAAUUCAUAUGUUGUCUGUCAAACUGUGUAAAAUAGAUAUAUUUAUUGGUCUGUUUAUAGCAGAAGUGAAAAAUAAAUUCUGCUUCAUGUUAUAUUUUAA